AUGAUCACUCAACCACCUCGCGCUGGUCCAUCGGCUUCCAGCCCCACCAGCCCCGCCAGCAGAAACGCAGCAUCACCCCAGCAAAGGUCGCCCAUCACUCCGGGUCGCUAUCGCGCACAUGCUUCAGUCCACCAAGCCUUUCCAUCGCCUUCCUCUCCGCGCUCGCGCCGCUCAUCCAUCGUCGAGACCGUCGAUGGCGCUUCGUCAUCCAACAGCCCGUCCUCCAAUUGGCAGGCGAGCAUCGAACUCUCCUUAACUACACGUCGUCGCCUCAUCCGCAAACCGCUCCCGCAGAUCCCCUCAUCUCACAAUGCCGACUCGAUUCAUCCAUCCGAUACAGCCUCCGGUCUCAUUUCUCCGGCGACCCUCGAUGCACAGUGCCAAAGGGCAGAUUCUUGGUGGCCCGACUCCCUGCCACAAAAGCACUCGGCCCCGCUCUCUUCCACAUCACAGGCUGCCAACACCAGUGCAAACCCCCACACACCCGCUCUCGAUCCACAGCAACCUGACAAUCCAGGUCUCGAUGAUCAAAGCCUCCAACAUCUCCUGAGCAUCCUGCAUUACGCUGCGCUUCAAUCCGAGGGCGCCUCAGCAUCCACCCAGGAAGAUGGCACCAUCGGCAGGAACAACGUGGUGGUGUCCGCUACAGGCACCUACAAGAGGCAGUCUCCUCUCAACGGCACAUCGGCUUCCGCAUCCAAGGGGGCUGAUUAUCACGAUCAGUACGUGCUCGAUCAAGCCACCUUGGACAGCCUCUACCGCGCUCUCCAGGCCGCCUUCCGCCAUCUCUCGCAGAAACAAGUGCUUGGAGCGCUUCAGCGCACCGCUUCCAUUCGUUGGCGUGCAGAAGCACAGCUGCGCAACGCCACCGCAGCCCAAGCGGCAGAGACCACCGCCUCCUCUUCGCGCUGGACUCGAUUCGCCUGGCCCGCAGCCGCUCUCGGAAAGGCGUACAAGGAAGCACAGAGGAGCAUCCUGCCUCCUCUUCCCGGUCAGUCGGCUUUCGUCGGCUUCGAAUCUGCGUCCCAGAUUCACAUGGCGCAGGACGCCUACACGGGUCUGUACUUGGACCCGGAUCACCGCGUACGCAAGAGAGACGUCGCCGUUAGGAUCCUCAGCAAUGCCAUUUGGUUCGUCCGCAACUAUGGACCCGCAGCCGGCGUCGAAACGCUUGACGCCUCCGCUCCGGCAACGACCGCGCUCGACCAAGCGUCGUCGCCAUCUGACCCGGCAUCCCAGGGUGCCGCUGGCGAGCUCAUGCCGCCAUCCCUCUCCUCCAUCCGACGCACCUCGGAAAACUUGCUCAAGAAGAAUGCUGGCCUCCCGACCUUCCUCUCCAAGUCCUCAGCCACCACCGCUCUCAGCGGUACGGCGACUCCGGAAAGCGCCAGAUCCGAUGCAGCCGCCAAUCCCGAGGCAACCGCGACCUCUCCGUCUACGGCAGCUACACCCGAGUCGCUCAGCAUCGCCUCUAGCGUCUCCAGUCCGCAAGUACCCGUCGUCCCGCCUUCAGAGUCUGCCCCUGACACGGCCUCGACAGCUUUGCCUCCGCCCGAGACGGGUGCCACCUCCACCCCGGACCCCUCCACAAAGAACAACAACGCCGGCGGCGAAAAGAGCAAAGCCGUCGAGCAUCUAGCCUCACUUAGCGCCGCAGUCGGAGCAGCCAUGCGCCAGCGCGCACAACAAGCCACAGCCGCCGCGGUUGCUCACGGUGGCGCGCCGGAGGAUUGGAUUGAUGCGCCCCCCACAACGACUGGCGCUAGGCGUCCCAGCCUGCACACCUUCGUCUCGCGUUCCGAGGCCGAAGCAGCCGAGACCGAUGCUCUCGAAAAGGCCGAGAAGGACUACCUGGCCGAAAUCGGACAGGGCUGCAACGAAUGGGCAAAGAUGGUCGUCUGCCGACUAUGUGCGUCCAUCUCCGUCAAAGGAGACGAUGCAUCAGGAACCAUCCGCCACCGCCGUUCCGGCACCGUCACCGCGCGUGAUGCGGCCAAAGCUCGCACAGAGGGCGCCGACACCAGCGUCGGCUCUUCUCUCUCAACAAGGUCCGACAUGACUGCCAAGGCCGCCAAGGUCUCCUCACGAUCCAGCGACGAUCUGAGUCCCGCCGAUGAUACCCACGAGGCUGUAGCCUGGAAGCCCGACGUGUACGAGGGAGCUGAACUGCUCUCGCAUCUUGGCGAGCACAGGCCCGGCGUCUCUCUGCAAGACGAAGACCAGCGUGUGCGACUCGUCGGAGGAAGUUUUGUCUGUCGAGUCGAGUCGGAAGAGCAAAGGCAAGCUCUGUUCGAGCUACUCGAACUCGGCCUCUACGUCGGCAUGUCGAUGCUGCUCGAAUCGAGCUUCCUCACGGACUCGGACGCAGCUCGUCCCAAACCGGUCAAGAUCCCAACGCGCACCACCUCGGCCGUCGAGCCGCCUUCGAGGGGUGCCAGCCUGGCUCCUCCCUUUGUGCGCACUCGUUCGUCCUCUCAAGCCACGAUCGACGGCAGCCAGCGAUCGGUUUCUGGUAGCAGCAGCACGCGCGAGCCGCAUCAAUCAGAUCUGAAUGCAGAUGCGGACGGCCAAUCGCAUGGUGUCGACUUGGCGCCUUCAAAGCCAGCGCCUCGCAAGUGGACAAAGAGCUUGUGGGGCAUGCUGGGACAGCACCCGCAUGACGCAGCAGACGCUGAAGGCGAGGCAUCCAUUGCAAGGUCCGGCAUGGGCGACGGCCACGAGGCACAUUCGCAUCGCUCGGCACUCACCAUGCAUCGCUAUCACACCGAGGACGACGCGAAUACCCUUUCGUCUACUAGGAAGGCGCUCUUCAAGACCGGUGAAGAGCCAAAGCAGUCCAUCGCAGCGAGGAAAGCCGCACUCUUUGCGAGCGUUUCCAACAAUUCGGCGCCUCCGACCCCUCAAGGUCUUCGCGGAUCUGCUUCCAAUGCAAAUGGAUCUGCGAACAAGCCCCAUCGAUUGGUGGGUCGUCUCAUCAAUGCAUUUGCUCGUCCAAAUGCAGAUGCUCCACAAAAGGACGCACAGCACCCCACCUCCGCUGCCAGCUCCCUCGCCCGCAGCCGCGACACCGACAUCCAUCCUCCUACCUCGGCACAAUCGGUCGUUGCAACACAUCUGAGCUCCUCCAGGUCCCAAGCACAGCUCAUCCGGACGAGACCAGAGACCAUCUUUCCCGUCACCUCGCCGAGUCCUGCAGCCCUCUCGACCUCGCCGGAGCUGUCCUUGCUCCAGUGCUACCAGUAUCAGCAGGGUCCGCAACAUCGCCUGUUCCCAAGCACGGCCUAUCUGACAGCAUUUUAUCGCUUACAAGCACUACGCUUCCUUGCUGACCAGCCAGGUGAGCACGUCACAUUUGCUUCGCCUUCGCACGGCAUUUCUGCCUCUGGCGAUUUGCUGCCGUUCGUCGGCGUGCAAAAGCAGGCGUCCUCGGCUUGGAGCGUCAUAUCGUCGCGAUCCCAGCAGCCGCAGCCAACUCAGCUUGCUGCCACUCCGAUUCAGUUGCUGUCGUACGAGCUGCUGUCGGGCGACGGGUCGGCCGUCGGUCUUUGUCGCGAAGAGGUCGCCUUCUACCAGCGUUUGAGCAACAAUCGCGAUGUCCCUCUGGGACAGGUGGUCGAGGAACUCAGCAUCCGCGCCUGUGCCUUAGAGGCGGAUCGCGACACGAUGCUCAAGGUACACGAUUCUCGCAUCGCAAGCAGCAAGCAGAAUGCGAGCAGCGCCAAGGAUCGCACCGGCCAGCCCGUCGCACAGCGUCAGGGCAUCAACAGCGUUUACGGCAUGCCCGAGCAGCGCCUCCACUUCGUUCAUGGCCAGUGCCGCAUCAGGAUCGUUGCGACCGUGAUGCCGCCGAGCGUGUGCGGAGACGAAUCAGAGGCACCACACGACACUGUGUUCGAAGACAAGGUCAAGCCAAAAGAGAAGGGUCCAGAAGUGGACGUCGCAUCCCGCUCACCGUCGUUGCAGGCAAGUGCGAGUCGGGACUCGGACGUGUCCGCUAUCGCCGCUGCAUCACACACAGACAAAGAAGCCGCAAAGACCGCCUUUGCGGUGGCCGAGACUGCAGUCCGAGCGGCAGAGACUGGAGCGUCACAGCUGUUGAUCGAUCAGAAGGGCAGUGGGAGCACAAGUGGCAUCUGGAUGUGGAAUGCCAGCGCCAAGAGUGGCUGGCAGGGCCAAGCCGUGCCCAUGUCCGAGUCCACCUACCUGCUCUCCUUUGCACGCUACUUGGAGGCCGUCUCAUACCAUCCUGCGCUGCGCCGAGCAGCCGGGCUGGAGCCUGUCAACACCAAGGCAUAUGGCGGUCUAUCCAACGUCCAACAACAGCUUCGCCAAGGCCGAAGCGAGGAUGCUCGAAGCAUCGCAGAGGGUCCCAACCUUUUGCGCUUCUUCCGCAGCGGACGAUCUCUCGUCAAGGUGCAAGUGCAGCCGCUUGUCGUCUACGACCUCCACAUCGAAGGUCCCUGCCUCAAGACAAGCUCGGACCGUCGGCGCGAGCGAAAGCAGAAGCAGGCGCAGGCGGAGAAGCGGAGGUUCAAGCAACUUGCAGAAGAGACCCGACUCGAGAUCCAGCGCUUCUUUGCGUCCAUCAAGCGCAACACGACCAGACUCGAGGAUGUCUUUGUUUCUCGGGAGCUCGAUGAAGCAGGUCGUACCAUCCGCAGCAAGACAGGCGCGCCCAUUCCAAGCGCGGAUGCCAAGCCGGCACCAGCAGUUGGCGCGGCAGCGUCAUCAUCCGACUCGACAAUCUCGGACCAGCUGGCCCAACCGCUCACUUUCCUGACGAACCUGCGCGCGUCUCUGCGGGCAGACGAAUUCGAGCUCUACGAAGCCCUGCAGAGGACAUUGUUCCUCGAUGGCAUCAACGAUAUCCGAAAGGCGUUUGCCGACCGUGCCAAGUCGGCCAAGAAUCGCUUGGCUGCCUGGACCAAGAAGCACCUGAGCAAGAAGGAGCAGGCCGACUUCGGCAGCUGCGUCUACGACGAGCCAGAGUACAUCAAGGCCGGCCUUCGCGCCUUCCCAGGCAGCUGCUACAUCAUUCGUGAUGACGAGCCUCUUUCUAUCAUCGCGUUCUCACUCAGCUCCCGCGACUUCCGGGCCGAGAUGGGCACGCUCGGCGAUCGCAAGCACGAUGCAGAUGGCUACAUGGGCAGCUCCAACGACGAGCAUGUCAAACAAUGGCGAAGCGGUGUCGUCGAUGGCGGCCAGUCUGCGGCCGGAGCGGGAGGAUCGAUCAUCUCGACCGCCGGCAGCACCGAUACCAGCACUACCGCCUCCUCAGCCAUGUCGCUGCUCAAAGACAGGUCCAUGCGCAAGGUGCCGCUGUCGCAGCUUGAUCCGGACACGGACGAGGUCUUUUUCGACGCCGAGCCUGUCCGCGCCGCGCUGAAGCGAAAGAAGCGUGCACGGGAGUCGUCGAUUCUCUCGAUGACGCUUCGCCGGGUCGGUUCAACCAUCUCGGACUCUCGAGGAGCGAGCUACCAGACUCUGACCGCCAACAGCCUGCCGGCCUCUUCCGCCAGCUCCUUGAAAGGUCGAAACGAUGACGACGACGACGACGACGAGGAUGAUGAUGACGAGGACGAUGGUGAAGGUCGCGGGAAGAAUCUGAAGAUCACUGGCGACGGCAGAUCUCGGCUCAGUUCUGUCGCGAGUGGCAGCAGGCUAGAGGUCGGCUCGCCAGCUCGCGAUCUGGAUGCUACCCCCUCCCGGCGCACUUCUGCCGCACGAUUCGACAACCGCUCGCCAUCGCCAUCGCCAAACCGGCCGGAGCUGCGCAACUCUGGAAGCGUGUCGGCAUUGCGCAGGACGUUCGAGCUGCGAUCACAGGCAUCCUUCUCAUCGAUUCCCGACAGAAAGUCUUCCAUUCAGGCAGGUACGGCCAGCACGAUCAGCACUACAAGCAAGGAGACUACCUUCCAGGCGCAAGUGACGCCCAUCUCUGGUCGUCCUGCGUCGCUGGCCACCAUCUUUUCAUCGGGCCAGCCCGGACUGGAGACGCCCAACUCUCGCACCAGCAAUUUCACUGGGGCAUCUGCUCCACGAGCUAUUCCGCGAACUGCGCCUGCGAGCCGAAGACCGUCGGGAGCGGCGGGAGCGGCGGACCCGAGUGCAGCCGAGAUUGGGUUGUCUGUCGAUGAUCUGCCAUCGCUCAGUGACGAUGGCAGUAGCAGUAGCAGCCGCAGUCCUCGCAAGCACGGUGCGCAGCCUUCGAACAAGAGCGAGGGGGUGGCAGGGGCAGAUGCUCAUUCGAUGGUGUCGAACAGCACGCUGCCAGGCUCGCAGGCGGCCGAGUCGCCGCACAUCAAGCACAACCUGGUGCACGGGACCACCAAGAUCUCGUGCGUUUCGUGGUUUGCCGAAGAGUUUGCAGCACUGCGCGAGCGAUGGGGGGUGGAGCACGAAUUCGCGCACAGCCUAGCUCGAUGCUCGCCGUGGGCCGCCACGGGAGGCAAGUCGAAGUCGGCCUUCUUCAAGACGGCCGACGAGCGCUUCAUCGCCAAGCAGCUGCUGACGGUGUGGAGCGUGGACGAGAAGGAGGCGUUCCUGGAAUUCGCACCGGCCUACAUCCGCUACAUGAUGAACUCGGCGGUGAACGCGUGCCCGACGUUGCUCGUCAAGAUCGCUGGCGUAUACAGCAUCAAGAUCAAGGACACCAAGUCGGGCGAGACCAAGCUCAAGAUGAACGUCAUGCUGCUCGAGAACUUGUGGGCGGGCGACGGGGGCAAAUCGAUCCGAUUCGACCUCAAGGGCAUCCGGGACCGCAAGGUGAAGCUGAGCGCGCAGCAGCAGCAGGAUCUGGAGCAAGCCGCCACGCAGGCCGCAGCCGAGGGGCAGCCGCUCGUCAAUGUGCCCGGCGUCACGCAGGGAGCUGCAACGGCGGCGUGGAGCGCUGGCGUGCAGGCAGCGGCGAGCAGCACGGUCAAGGCGAACUCGGGAGACAGUCAGAAGGCGGGUACCAGCGAGCCGGCGGGCAGCAAAGGCGCGACCAGCCCUGGCUCAGCCGAUGAAUCCUCCAAGUCGGCUGUCAACGGCGCGGCGGCAGCGGCUGAGAGCGAGGCCAGGCCGGCGUCAGGCUCGAGCGCGGUGUGGUGGGACAGCGAGUGGAUCUCGAGGUACCGGCACCGGGCGUUUGUGCCCGAGACGCAGAAGGAGCUCUUCUACCGCGCGCUGCAGAACGACACGCGCUUCCUGACGGCUUCCAACGUCAUGGAUUACUCGUUGCUGCUUGGCGUGAUGGAGCGGCCGAUUCGGGCCGACGACAUGUACCCUGCACCGGCUCGAGCUGCGGGCGGCGUUGCGAAUGUGCACGAAGCAGAGGGAGAUGCGGACGAGGUGGAGGAUGCUGCGGAGCGGCCGUCGUUCCGGUGCCGCAUCGUCGACUUUCUGGGCGCGUUCACGCUGGCCAAGCAGCUCGAGUCGAGCUCCAAGAAGGCGCUCAAGGCGCAGGAUGCCAAGGCCAACGUGACGAUCCUGCCGCCGUCCGAGUAUGCGAGCCGGUUCCUGUCGGCGAUGGACUCGUACUUUAUCGGCACGCCGAGCCAUCCGCGGCUGGAUGCGCGGUACGGGUUCGACCGCAUGUGCGACGACACGGCUCGUGCGGCGGGAAGCGAGGGCAGUGGCGCAAGUGCGGUGCGACAGCCUAGGCUGGCGUCGGUGUUGUAG